AUGAGGGUUGGGGAGGAGGUGGCAGGGCCAGGCACAGAGGGCAUCGUGGGUUGGUCACGUCAGGGUAUGACCAAGGAACGGAAGAACUGGCUGUUGCUGUAUGAGGAAUUUGCUGGGUCAGAGCGCCCUCUGGUGGUCAAGGUGAAGCCCCACGACAAGGAUGCCAAAAUGAAAUACCAGGAGUGCAACAAGAUCGUGAAGCAGAAGGCCUUUGAGCGGGCCAUCGUGGGCGACGAUCACAAGCGCUCUGUGGUGGACUCGCUGGACAUCGAGAGCAUGACCAUCGAGGAUGAGUACAGCGGACCCAGGCUUCAGGAUGACAAAGUGACAAUCACCUUCAUGAAGGGGCUCAUGCAGUGGUACAAGGACCAGAAGAAACUGCACCGGAAAUGCACCUACCAGGUAAUGCACCUGUCAGGUACCAGGCACCCAGGAACCCUGGGAUGGCAUCACAGCACUGCCAGCUGGGGGCACUGAGCAAAAUGACAGGAGAAGGGCGGCCACGACAGCCAACACCAAACAGGAGUCGUGGUCAUUAUGGAUUGGCAGUAAUCCCUCCCAAUACUCAUAUACAAUAGACUAUCUCUACAAAUAAA